AUUCAGGAGUAAUAAGACGAGUGGUGAACAUCCGUGGCGCAUUUACGCACCAAGUCCAGCACCAAAACAAGCUCUGAGCCGCGCGCACACAGCGGAGGGGACUAUUUGUGGAGUACAGUACCAUGCGAGGAAGGGACGCCUUCUGACUGACAGACGCACGGCUGGGGAUAUUUCUCUUUCACUCACCUUUGGAUAACUUGGAGAUUGGGAACGCUUCCUCUGUACGCUUUUGACGCACGGCAACGAGGAGCUGAGGGAGAACUCCCUGGGAGUGAAGAAGGAUUUAUACGUGUUUUUAAAAGCUUUCUUCAUAUUUUCAAUUUGUUUACCUUGGUGUAAAUACUUUGGAAUUGGAAGGUUUUGCUGCUUCAUUGGCUGGUGACGCGGCUGCCUUGGAGAAGCGAGAAGGAUGGCAGCCUGGUUCACCUUUACAAUCGCAUUCAGCACCACGUUGAUAACACAGGUAUUUGGCUCCGGUGUUUUUGAGCUCGAUCUGCACGAAUUUAAAAACCACAAAGGUUUGCUGGCGAACGGGAACGCUUGCAAACCCAACUGCAGGACUUAUUUUAGAAUAUGCUUGAAAAACUAUCAGGCAGUGGUAUCGCCAGGUCACUGCAUCUUUGGAAGUAUGAUGACAGGGGUGCUGGGGACGAACUCUUUCAGCGCCAAGGACAGUGGCACUUUACCCAGACCGAUUCAGAUACCUUUCAACUUUGGCUGGCCGGGGUCAUUUUCAUUAAUAAUUGAAGCCUGGCAUUCACCUUAUGGAAACCUACCUGUGGAUACCAACAACCCAGACUUCCUGAUUAGCUUUUUUGCAGUCCAAAAACAGCUGGGUGUAGGGACUGACUGGUCUCAAGACAUGCAGACUGGAAAACAGACAGAGACAGAGCUGAGAUACUCGUACCGAUUCAUCUGCAAUGAAAGUUACUAUGGAGAAAGUUGUUCCAAAAAAUGCUCGCCCAGGGACGACAGAUUUGGACACUACACCUGCAACAGGGACGGGCAGCUGUCCUGCCUGGCGGGCUGGAAGGGAAAAUACUGUGAAGAACCGAUCUGUCUGGAGGGCUGCAGUGAGAGGAAUGGAAACUGCUCCAAACCUGGCGAGUGUGUAUGCAGAGAGGGCUGGCAGGGCACUUUCUGCGACGAGUGUAAGAAGUACCCGGCCUGUAAGCACGGCACCUGCCAGCUGCCAUGGCAGUGUAACUGUCAGGAGGGCUGGGGAGGCCUAUUAUGUGACCAAGACCUGAACUUCUGCACCCAUCAUCGGCCCUGUGUGAACGGCGCCACCUGUAUGAACACAGGACAGGGCAGUUAUACGUGUACCUGCCUGCCUGGUUUCACAGGGGUCAACUGUGAGCUAGAGAUGCAGGAGUGUGACAGCAACCCCUGCAGGAACGAUGGAAUAUGCACAAAUUUGGAGCCUGGUUACACAUGCUCGUGUCCCCAAGGUUUCGAGGGCUCCCACUGCGAGCACAGCUCGCUGACGUGCACUGACUCCCCGUGCUUCCACAGUGGCAAAUGCUGGGAGAAGGACAAUGGCCGCAGCUAUAUGUGCGAGUGUCCCCGUGGUUACACCGGACUAAACUGCGAGAAGAGAGUGGACAAGUGCACGUCGCUUCCCUGUGCUAAUGGUGGUCUCUGUCUGAUCGAUGGUGGCAUGCGUGUAUGUAGCUGCCGUGCUGGAUUCACUGGCCAGCGCUGCGAAAUCAACAUCAAUGAGUGUGCAGGGAACCCCUGCCUAAAUGGAGGAACCUGCCAAGAUCGGAUCAGCGACUACACCUGCGCCUGUCCAACAGGUUUCGAUGGGCGCAACUGUGACCGAGUCCUGGAUGAAUGCUCUCUCCUUCCCUGCCUCAACGGGGGUGUCUGCACAGGAGGAGGCGGACCAGGCAAACCUCCAGCAACCUGCACCUGCGCACCUGGUUUCACCGGGCCUCGCUGCGAGUUCUUUGCUGCGGUCACCUCUCCUGUAGAGAUCCAAGAUGGCUUCCAGUGGGCAGCAGUUUCUCUGGCUGUGGGGCUGGUGGCUCUCCUGGUGCUGCUGUGCAUGGUGGGCUUGGCUUUGAGGCACAUCCACAGGCAGGCCCAGAGAGAGCAGAGGGACACAGAGACUAUGAACAAUAUGUCUAAUGUGCAAAAAGACAACCUGAUCCCAGAGGCACAGCUGAAAAACAACAACCAGAAAGUUGGCCUGGAGGUGGACUGCGAUACAGAGAAAUCGAACUUUAUUCACAAAAACUAUCACUUGGACUCGUAUAACUCUAAGUCAAAGGAGUUCAAGGAUGAAAAAUCACAAGAGGAUAAAAGUCUUAUUUAUGACAAAUGUUUAGAAGAAAAAAUGCCCCUAAGUAGAAUGUACAGUGAAAAGCCAGAGUGUAGGAUAUCAACGAUAUGUUCCUCAAGAGACUCCAUGUACCAGUCGGUAUUUGUUAUAGCGGAAGAGAGGAGGGAGUGCGUCAUAGCAACAGAGGUAUAAACUGUGAGGGGUCUGAAAUCAAGGGAAGGAGGAAAACAAGACACAAUCGAGGCAGAAUUCAAUAUUCUGGAUUGUUUACAAAUGCUGAGAAGAGACUGGAGAUUGUUUGAGAUGUCCACUGCUGCUCUGUAACACUUGAGAACUGGAGGGGAAAAAAACUCAACAAAAAACCAGGACUGAGAAACUUUAUGUUGACUGAGUGUUUGUAUGCAAAACAUGUACAGUAAAGGACCUCUCUCAGUUGAGAAACAGACUGGCGGAUAGACUGACUACAGAAAUAAGACAUUAAUUUAUAAUCUCAGACGAUAGGAGGAGGUGAAGGUGGAUCGUUGCCCCUUGAGUCUAACCCAGCCUCGUGUGAUAAUCAUGGAGACUUUAACAGCCAACCAAUCAGUAAAAAGGUGCCUAAGAUUUGACCCCGCCCCCUCCACACUCACUCCUGCCAUCUUCGCCUGCUAUGCAAGACUCAGGGUCGAGACGAGUGAACUCACCCACUGUCACAAUCCAAACACUGAGAUUUUUGAAUGUCUGAAACUAAUCUUCAACUGUCAAUCACAUAAAAAUGACUGGUUGGACUUUUUUUUCCACGCAACGCUGAAGAUUGUAUGCAGCCCAAAUUCACUAGAAGCCUUAAAGAAGAGGAGGUCUGAAUGCUUAACUUGUGCCCUUGUCUGUUCCUUGGAUCAUUUGCACUACAAAAUAAAUCGAGGACAAUACUUUCAAUCAACAGGGAUUCGAAGAGAAAACCACAGGAGCGCAAUAGUCAGUGCUGUGCCAGCAAGAUCCAAGAGAAAGCUUGCAUAGAAGUGUUUUUUUAUGCAAACUGACUGAGGACAAAAAAAGAGACUGAAACACAAGGAGAAGAGACUGUCACACCACUGCCUGCCUAUAAUAAAUUUCAAAAAUACAGAACCAAUAAUGUAAUUUUUUAAAUGAUUAUUUCCAGAGUUUAAUUUAAAUAUGACACACUGCUCUUUAUAUGUUUUAUAAUAUUAUUUUGUAUAUAAUGCAUAUUUAUAAGGACCAAACUUCUGAAGAAUAAAACUUCCUUGAAAACUG